AAGAUAAACCUGCCCCCCCCCAUACACCAGGGCUUGUUUACUUGGCUCAGUGCUCCUGAACUCCAUAGAGCCCCAAGCAUGGACAGUCUCUCUCGCCUUAUCUCUCUACUGGUCUUCCUCCUUUACAUUACCAUCAUUGCCGGAGCGUUGAACAAACCACGAUCUUUAAAGCUCAGGCCUGAUGGAACUCCUCGUUUCAGCCACCGAGCGUUGAACUUAGGGCAAAGGAUGACAGAAGAUGGUAAGAAGUGCAAAUUCCCGUUUCGUUUUGGCGGCCGAGUGUAUUUCACUUGUAUAACUAAAGCUCCGUUCUACAGAAAGUGGUGUGCAACAACACAUAACUAUGACCGAGACAGAGAAUGGGGAUAUUGUGCUGAUGCCAACAGGGAUGUAGCCAUACAAAAUUUCUGCGCAGAGAACCCAUGUGAACAUGGAGGAACCUGUCACAACAUUGCCGAGAGGGGCACCUACCACUGCAUAUGCCCAGAGGGUUACACUGGGAAAGAUUGUGAAAUAGAGAAAUGUUUUGAUCACACACAUUAUGAAUUCUAUGAUACUGGAGAAAGCUGGGCGAGAAUUCACAAUGGAAGGGUGGAGUCAUGCACAUGUUUUGAAGGCAACAAUAUAAAAUGUGUGGGCGGAGAGCGAUAUACAGUCUGCAUAGAAAAUCCCUGCCUUAAUGGCGGAGCCUGUCGCCUAAUGAUUUCAUCUGGGAAAACAGUAUGUGGAUGCAGAGGGCAAUAUGUUGGAAAAUACUGUAAUAUUGACGUUACACAGAGCUGCUACGACAGCGACAAUGCAACGGAAUACCGGGGGAUCAAGAAGGAAACUCAGUCCGGGCACAGUUGCCUCCCGUGGAACUCAGACAUGCUUUAUGAAGAGAUUCACACCGGCCAGGGGAUGAAUUUUAUACCCAAGGGUUUGGGAUCCCAUCCAUACUGCAGAAGUCCAGACGACGAUGAGAUCCCAUGGUGCUACUUAAUGAACGAUCGUUUGGUGUCCUGGGAACACUGCUCAAUACCAAAAUGUCGUGACAAGGGACGGAGGGUGAUUAUGCAAGAAGAUGCUGUUGUACCCGCACCGCCAAAAUGUGGCAAAAAGCAUGAAAAACGCGUUGUUGCAAGAGGCCGGAUUCUGGGUGGAAAUUCAGCCUUGCCUGGCUCCCACCCUUGGGUAGCUGGAAUAUACAUUGGCAACUAUUUCUGUGCCGGAAGCCUCAUUCAGCCGUGCUGGGUGGUCUCUGCUGCUCACUGCUUUGCAGACAGCCCUUCCAAGUCAAAGAUUCGUGUGGUCCUUGGACAGCACUUCUUCAACCAAACCACAGAUGUCACACAAACCUUUGAGGUUGAGAGAUACAUUUUUUAUGACAAAUAUUCAGUCUUCAAGCGCAAUGAACAUGAUAUUGUUUUAAUAAAACUGAAGAGAAUUAACAAUGCGUGUGCAAAGAAGACCCAGUUCGUUCAAACUAUUUGUCUUCCCGAUGUGAGCGCACCUUUUGCUGAUGACCACCACUGCCAGAUUGCUGGAUGGGGACGCAUGCAUGAAGAUUCAACAGAAUAUGCACAAAAUCUGCAAGAAGCAAUUGUGCCACUUGUGCCCGAUAACAAAUGCAGCAGCCCAGAAAUCUACGGAGCAGAGAUCAGUGAGAAUAUGUUCUGCGCGGGAUAUUUUGACUGCACUAUAGAUUCUUGUCAGGGGGACUCAGGAGGACCCCUGGCUUGUGAAAAGGACAAGAUAUCCUAUCUGUGGGGAAUUGUCAGCUGGGGAGAAGGAUGUGGCAACCACAACAAGCCUGGAGUCUACACCAAAGUCUCCAACUACGUGGACUGGAUCAAUCGUAAAAUCAUGCCGAAGAAAACCGCCUAGGAUUAUAAAUCAAUACAAGUCCCCUCGAUUUCUGAAUUAGCGGCAAUAUUCACCGUGUCUUUUUUCUUACUUCAAUAAGAUGAUGUGAGGAAUAAGGGCAUCUUCCAUGCAGAAAGAUUCACAAUUAAAAUGCCAUCAUUGUAGUAUAUCUAACUGUAAUUGUAUAUAGAAUAUAUAUUGGCUUCAAUAAUGUUGAAUAAUAAUUUUCCAGUUAUUAUACUAUGGCUUUGUUUGUCCUUUAUUUUUCUAAAAAGUCGCUCUUCCGUUAACUUCAAAGGGAAUUGUGCAAAAACAAUGCCAAAUAAAAAGCAGUGAUAAUG